AUGUCGAAUUCACGGACGCCGACUACGGCGCCCUCUUCUCCGCCAGCAGAUCCGUUUGACGACCAGGAAGACGUCGGCCUCGUUGACGAAGACAUCAUCAAGGAAGAAGCGCGGGCGCGUUCUGCAAACAAUGCUCUCGAAGAAAAGCGCCGUGCUUCCCUCCUUAAGCAGCGACGGAAGAAGAAGGCUGAGACGAAAGCCGAGCGAGAGGCAAAAGCUCGAGAACUGGACGAGUUGUUGCAGAAAAGUGCAGCUUUCAGUGAUAUUCUCACGAAAAAGACACAGGUACUUGGGCGCGUCGGAAGCAGCCUUGAUGGCCAGAAGCUUGGGGAGCAUAAUCUCCAGAUGGCCACGCAGCCCAAGUGCAUGGUUGGCGGCACGAUGCGAGAGUACCAGCUCGAAGGACUCACCUGGAUGUACGAAAUCUGCUCGCAGGGCAUGAGUGGCAUCUUGGCUGAUGAAAUGGGCCUUGGCAAAACGAUCCAGACAAUCUCCUUGAUAGCGCUGCUUCGAGAACAAGAACAAUAUCUCGGCCCUCAUCUCAUCGUCGCUCCUCUCAGUACACUAUCAAACUGGAUUGAUGAGUUUCACAAAUGGGUACCGUCCAUCCCGAUUGAGAUGUAUCACGGCAACAAGGCCCAACGAGAAGAAAUCUUCCGCAAGAAGAUUAUGAACCAUCUCAAGUCUGGUCGGCCUACCGAAAAGUUUCCUGUUGUCUGCACGUCGUACGAGAUGGUCUUGAAUGACCACCAUAAUCUGUCGCGCAUUAAGUGGGAGUUUAUCAUUAUUGACGAGGGUCAUCGUAUGAAGAACGCAGAUGCAAAGUUGUUCCAGCAGCUCCGCCAGUUCUCCUCUGCUACUCGUCUGCUCAUCACAGGAACGCCACUACAAAACAACCUAAAAGAACUUUGGUCGCUCCUACAUUUCCUGUUGCCUAACAUCUUCACCGAUUGGGAGGCAUUCGAAUCCUGGUUCGAUUUUUCGGAACUGGGUGACGAGCAGGGUACUCAGCAAUUUAUCGAGGACCAGAUGAAGCAAGACUUAGUCAAGAAGAUCCAUCUCAUCCUGCAGCCACUUUUGCUCCGGCGCAUCAAGCAAGAUGUCGCCGCGUAUCUUCCAAAAAAGCGAGAAUAUGUUCUCUUUGCUCCCAUGACGAAAGAACAGACGGACUUGUACAAAGUCAUUUCGAACAAGAGCAUCGACACCAGAUCAUACCUCGAAGACAAAGCUGUGGAAAUGAUUCGUUCCAAAACGGCGUCUCGGGCUACUACUCGAUCCUCUUCACGCGCAAGGUCUACAACUAAGAAAGGCGAGGACGACAAGCCGGUGUCGCUGCCUCUUCGACAAAGUGCCAGAGGCAAGGAUAGGUCAGCAUCACCAGCCAAUGCUUUCAGCCUCAUGAUGGGUAAGCGGGGACCAGGACGGCCUCCUAAGAAUGCAAAGUCCAACCCCGAAUCUUCGCCCACUAUUCAGACACCUAAGAGAAAGAGCCCGCCAACGUCUCUUGCAUCCGAUCCCAAGAGCGCGAAGUCCAGUCGACAGUCGACACCUUUAAGCACUCGUGGCCGUCGCCAUGCCGGCCGUUCCUACAAAGAGGCCGACUCCGAUGAGGAGAAAAUGUCUGAUGAUGAGUUUGAAGAAAAGUUGGCUAGAGAAAUGGCCACUGAAGACAGUGAUGACAAGUCUGCAAAACCAAUGUCUGCUGAAGACACGGAACUGGCACAGACUUUGGACAUGGCCAAGAAACAGAUCUCGCGCAAGAAGCUGGGCAACCCUCUAGCUCAGCUUCGGUUGGUCUGCAACAGCCCUCACAACUUUUACAACCCGUGGGCCGUGGCAACUGACAUUCCAGUGGAUGAAAGUAUCGUCACAGCAUCUGGAAAAAUGCUUCUGCUGGAUCGCUUAUUGAAACACUUGUUCCUCAGCGACCACAAAGUGCUCAUUUUUUCCCAGUUCACUACGCAGCUCGACAUCUUGGAAGACUACUGCAGAGAAUUGCGUGGUUGGAAGGUUUGUCGCAUCGAUGGCAGUAUCGCUCAGGCCGAUCGAAGGGAGAGCAUAAAGCUCUUCAAUACCAAUCCAGACUACAAAAUCUUUCUUUUGUCCACACGUGCUGGUGGUCAGGGCAUCAAUUUGGCUUCUGCGGACACUGUCAUUCUGUUCGAUAGCGACUUCAAUCCUCAGCAAGAUUUGCAAGCUCAGGACCGCGCACAUCGUAUUGGUCAAGAGCGUCCAGUGCUGGUGUAUCGUCUCGCUACCAAGGGAACCGUUGAAGAGUCCUUGUUGCUCUCCGCGGACGCGAAGCGGCGACUGGAAAAGCUCGUUAUUCGCAAAGGCGGAUUCAAGACGAUGGGGCAGAAACUGAACGAGAAAGAAGAAGAGCUGGAUCCGGAGACGCUGCGAGCGUUGCUGCUCAAAGAUGGUCAAGUGUACGAAGUCUCAGGAGGAGACGACAUUCUCAGCGAUCAAGAUUUGGCGACAAUAUGUGACAGGACUGAAGAAGCCUUUGAGAAGGCCGCAAGAGGAGAUGGAGAUGCAGACGCCUUCAGAGUUGUAGAGACGGGAUCAGACUCAAUCAAGAUGGCGAGGAAGAGCUGA